AUGGCCGGCAUGCUGGAUUCCGACCGCGCACGCUCCCGACGAGAGCGAACAUUUGUGGGAGGCGCCUGUGCGGCAUGCGAAGAGCCAUUGGAGCAUACCUUGAGGGGGGAGAGGGUGUUACAGUUCUCCUGCGGACAUGUGGCCCACGAAGCUUGCUUCUAUGAGUUUAUUCGGGAGUCGGAUUCACAGUACUGCCCCAGCUGCGACGCUCCCUUGGGGCUGGAUUCUUUCCGAGGGGGGAGCAUAUUGGACCUGAGCAAGUUAAGCAACAUGGUCCGAGCGGUGGCCCAGAAGGAUGUCGCCUCGCCCCGGAGCUCCCAAAAUACACCAAUGCCCUGGGAUAGACAGGACGAUGCCUAUAGCGCCCGCGAAGUCGCCCCGCGAAACAGUCGCGAGAAUUCAAAUCGAGAUAGUCGAGAUAGUCAACGAUUGCGCAUUGAACGGUUGGCAAUCCCCCCCCAACAACCUCCGCCUCCACGUCCGCCUCCGCCUCCACCGUCUGCGAGCCACGCACGAACCGACAGUGGUGGCAAUGCCUCCUCGGCCGACUAUGCCCACGAGCAUGCCAGUCAACCGCCCCGAAAGCACGAUUAUGACUUGCAUGCCAUGGAGACGUCGGUGCCAGGGGCCCCGAUCAAAGACACGAAGCACUCUAUCCCGGCGCCCAUUGUUACUGUGCGUAGUGAAUAUCCGACGGUGACUCGGUCUCGGCAACAACAGAGUCUAACAUGUCUGGUGACGAUUGAAGUCCCCGAGGGCAAAUGGCAACCACUCCUCGAUGAGUUCCAGCACACCCCGCCGGUGCCGCCCUUGCCAUCCGAUUCGGGCAUUGGCAUUCCGGCCAGACAGAGACCAGAGCCUCCGCAAGAACCCAAUCCCUAUGAGCCUCCCGAGAUUCUCGACCAGAUUACCGAAGAGCUGCAGAUUCGCGUGGACAAUUGGCACGGGCUCGAAUUUCAGAGGUUUGGCAACCUUCGCCUGCAUGGCGUGAUUCGCGUGGGCAAGGACCGUCAUUCGUGGCAGGAGCUGGAGUGCUAUUUGUUUGGAGAGAUGCUCAUCUGCGUCAAGGAGAAGAAGAACGCGCCACCUGUCUUCACGGAUUCCGGUCGCAAGCUGACGAGGUGUACUCUGAAAGGCUCCAUCCUGAUCAGGAAACACUUGAGGCAUGUGCACGCUUCGCCAGACGAAAACAUCCUGACUCUGAAUUUGUCGGUGGCGGAACUGCCAACAUUCCACCUACUUUUCCAGGAGAGCGAGAAACUCCAGCUGUGGCAGCGCGCUCUCCGAGAUCUACACUCCACCGAGCCGUCUCCUCGCUAUAAUGCAGAUUACGAACAGGACUCGUCCGGCACCGACGAAGACGAGUACGGCCGGCAGCACAAUACAGUCCGCCGGGUCCCGUCCACUACGUCGUCCUAUGGCGGUCCGAAGUCGGCCACCACCGCAGCCACCGAGUACUCGAUCCACAAGCCGGCUCUUGAUAGGCGGGUGCCUCCUUCGUUACAUGUUCCCAUCGAUGUCGUCGUGGUGAUCCCGGUCUCAUCUUCGAUGCAGGGGUUGAAAAUCACGCUGCUGCGAGACACCCUCCGCUUUUUGGUCUCCAAUCUGGGAGAUCGCGACCGCAUGGGCCUCGUCACGUUUGGUUCAAGUGGCGGGGGAGUACCCGUGGUUGGCAUGACCACCAAAACCUGGUCUGGUUGGAACAAAGUGCUCAAUUCGAUCCGCCCCGUCGGACAAAAGAGUUUGCGCGCGGACGUAGUGGAGGGCGCCAAUGUGGCCAUGGACCUUCUGAUGCAGCGGAGAGCCGAAAAUCCCAUCUCGACCAUUCUUUUGAUCAGUGAUUCGUCCACCUCUGAGAGUGACAGCGUGGAUUUUGUCGUUCAGAGAGCCGAAGCUGCAAAGGUUGGGAUCUACUCUUUUGGCCUUGGACUGAGCCACAAACCGGAGACCAUGAUCGAGCUCUCCAGCCGCACCAAAGCAUCGUACCUCUAUAUGAAAGAUUGGAUGAUGCUACGAGAAUGCGCCGCCGGCGUGCUCGGGGCCCUUCAGUCAAUAUCCCACCAAAACGUCAAACUCAAACUCAAGUUGCCUGAAGGCUCUCCUGCGAAGUUUGUCAAGAUCAAUGGUGCCCUCCAGACCACCAAGAGAGCCAGCGGGCGGGACGCCGAAGCGACGCUGGGCGAUUUCCGAUUUGGCGACAAGCGAGACAUUCUGGUGCAACUGGCAAUUGACCCGGACACGACGACUCAAGAAGCGGCUCCUCAGGAUCCAUGGGAGUCGAUUGUGUCUGGACUCGAAGCUCUGGGCGGUUCUCUCGACAACGACGUUGAACGGGUGCAAAGCGUGGAGGAGGUACCUCUCCUUCAGGCUGACUUGUCUUUCGGUGAUGUCCUUCGCGAGGGAUCCAUCACACAACUGCCACGACCGUCUUUGCUGGCCAUCACCGUGCUCCCUGCAAGCCCCCGGUCCCGUCAGAGUGGUGGACCGCCCACCCCUCCCAUUUCUCCGCAUCCCCAUAUCGUCCAGCGACGGAUGGAGUUGUUGACUUCGGAUAUGUUGAGCCGGGCCCUCACGCUUGUCUCCCGCGGCCAACACGAGCGCGCACAUCACCUGUUAAACGAGACCAGGACCAUCCUCAAGGGUCUGGGCAAAGGCGGUCUGCCACCUCUGCCCCCUGACGCGACGAACCAGGCGGUCAAUAAACGUCACACUCCCCCGGCCAAGUCGGGGAGUCCGCGAGCUGGAUCACCCGAGCAUACGCGAGAUCGAAGUCCUCAUUCCAAUGCAAGUACCCCGAUUGCGCGUACGGCUGGGGUCGAUCACAGUGUCAUGAACGCGCUUGACGCCGAUAUUGAAGCGAGCUUGGAGUGGAUCAACCACCCAGCUGUGUUCUCGCGGGAUGCCCGCAAAGCCGUCCUGCAGGCGAUUGGAGUCAUCUCUUCUCAACGAGGUUACACGUUCCGCACGGCUUCCGAGUCCAUCUGGGCUGAGCGAAUCCCGGGAGUCAAGCGGCUGACGGAGCGAUCGAGAGAAUGGAGGGAAGCGGGCGACGAUGCUCUGACCGAAGAGUAA